CUAGGUCUGGGCUGUCAGUCACAGCGGCUUGCUCCACCGGUGGAAGCACAGACUGGAUCCCAGCCACCAUGAACGACUUUGAGCUGAUUGAGUACUUUAAUUCCCAAAUGAAAGAAGAUCCUGAUGUGGCUUCUGCUGUGGCUGCCAUUCGAACUUUACUUGAGUUUUUAAAGAGAGACAAAGGGGAGACAAUUCAGGGUUUGAGAGCAAACCUCAAAAAUGCCAUUAAAAUUCUGUGCAGCGUAGAUUCUUCUGUGGCAGUCUCCUCGGGUGGAGAACUCUUCCUUCGUUUCAUCAGUCUCACCUCCCUGGAAUACUCAGAUUAUUUAAAGUGUAAAAAGAUCAUGAUUGAGCGAGGAGAACUCUUUCUCAGGAGGAUCUCACUUUCAAGAAGUAAAAUUGCAGACCUGUGCCAUACUUUCAUCAAAGAUGGAGCUAGGAUAUUAACUCAUGCCUACUCGAGAGUGGUGCUCCGAGUCCUGGAGGCAGCAGCUGCAGCCAAGAAACGCUUCAGUGUGUAUAUCACUGAGUCCCAGCCAGACUUAUCUGGGCAAAAAAUGGCAAAAGCACUCAGCAGUUUGAAUGUUCCAGUCACUGUGAUUUUAGAUGCUGCUGUUGGCUACAUCAUGGAGAAAGUGGAUCUUGUGAUUGUUGGGGCUGAAGGCGUUGUUGAAAAUGGAGGCAUUAUUAACAAGAUUGGAACCAAUCAGGCAGCCGUGUGUGCCAAGGCACAGAACAAGCCCUUCUACGUAGUGGCGGAAAGUUUCAAGUUUGUGCGACUCUUUCCUCUCAAUCAGCAAGAUGUGCCAGAUAAGUUUAAGUACAAAGCAGCCACACUAAAGUCUGCUGGAACUGACCAAGAUCUGAAAGAAGAGCACCCCUGGAUUGACUACACCCCACCUUCCUUAAUCACAUUGUUGUUCACAGACCUGGGGGUACUAACGCCCUCGGCAGUUAGUGAUGAACUCAUCAAGCUUUACCUUUAGCUGCCCUGUACUUGCUGCCCAGCUCUUUGACCAACGCAAUUACCAGGAGCACAGGGUGAUGAGCCAAGACAAAGUGGCAUCAAUCAAACUUAAAAGGACAACUGACUUUCAGUCCAACAAGCAUUGCUUGUACUGGUCUGCUUUCCUGCAUAACGCAUACGGUGCAUUUACAAGAAUGAUGGUUCUGAACGCACAAGAUCAUCAUAGAUGGCAAUUUGCUUUAAAAUACAAAAAUGAAGAGAUUCAGGGAUGAAGCCAUACUGAAUUCGCUGGAAGUAUUAGUAAAAGUUUUUUAAAUGUAGAGACAAAUUCUCAAAUACCUAUUUUGCUUAUUUAAGGCCUAUCUAAAUUGAAUUUAUUUUCCCUUCACUCUGGAACUAAAUUGCCCUUGAGGUUUCCAUAUAAGAUUUUUUUUUUUAAACCCAUAGAAU